CAUUUGACCAGCCACUUCCGUGGGAUUUCUUUUGACUUUCUUGUGUAACAUAUCACUUGCCAACCAUUCCAGUAUAUCCAAGAGUAUUUCUAGGGCCAAUCAGCAACAUGGUCAUUAAGUCAAAGUUAGUUAGGGAUGCUGAAUCUUUGCUUGAGGCAGCAAAGGUCUACGAUGUUGAGGGAGCAGACAAACGUUCCAGGUUGGAUCUAAUAGCUAGGCUCGAUGCUCUGCGCGAGGGCUUGGAGGAUCCUGUUGAGAAGAUGUUCAGCCAGAUCACCAAUUACUCGCAAACAGCAGCUGUGAAUACAUUGCUACAGCUCAAGGUCUUCCACAGCAUUCCCCGGGAGGGCAGCAUAACUGCCAAAGAGCUCGCUGUAAUUGUGAAUGUUGAUCUCGAGGUUCUCACCCGUCUCAUGCGGAUCCUAACCGCAACCAACAUCUUCCGCUCCGUGGCUGAAGACACUUAUGCGCAUACCAAGUUCUCACUUGUCUACAUUGAUGAUGUGGCAACCGACUUCUUCACCCUCUGUGUGGACGAAGUAGCUCCUGCCGCCCAUCGUCUCCCUGAAUACAUGUCCACGCACGAUUCUGCAGGUAUUCUGAAUCCUCGCACCUCCCCCUUUGCGUGGCAUAAUGACCGGGAAGGUAAGAACUUCUACGAGUGUUUGCUGGAGUGGCCUGAGCGACUACAGCGGUUUAACAUUGCUAUGACAACGCAGGAAGCUGCGUUGCCAGUUCUUGGCAUGUUCCCGUUUGCCACACUGCCUGCCUCUAUUGACACUAGUGACCCUGAACGUGCUUUCAUUGUCGAUGUGGCUGGUGGCCGUGGUCAAAGCUUACUGCAGAUCACCCGGGAAAUCGAGGAGAGUGGGGUGACGGGGAUAGGUAGAGCGAUUCUAGAGGAUCGGGAGAGGGUGUUGGAUGCAAUUCCCGCCGAUGCCCUACCUGGAGUGGAAAAAGUACCCAUUGACUUCUUCACACCACAACCAAUCAAGAACGCACAUGUCUAUUACCUCCGCCGCAUUAUGCACAACUGGCAAGACCGCGAAGCUAUCGUAAUUCUGUCGCACAUUGCCGAAGCCAUGGCACCAGAUUCUCGUCUUCUGAUUGGCGAGAUGGUAGUACCUGAGGUGCCGAAAACAGGCUACGAAGGUUUGGAUAUGACGGUGUACUGGAUGGAUAUGUGCAUGUUAGUUAUCGGAGGGAAAGAGAGAAGUGAAAAAGAAUUUAAGGCGAUCUUAGAUUCGGCGGGCCUACGGCUGGUUAAGAUCUGGUGGAGCCAGUUGGGCAGUCAGACAGUCCUGGAGUGUCAGUUGAAGGAGUAGGUAGAUAUGAGUUUAAGACGAGGUCAACGGUGGUACAUUGUCUAUGAUAUAGACCUACUUGUUUAGAGCUCCAAAUUUUCAGUAUCAGCAUUACGCACCUACAUACACACACAGAUGCACAUAGCUUUGUCUAGUGACACUGUUGCAGUGUAUUAAAAGGAAGAAGGAAUGUCGAAUCGGCUUGAACCUCAGAUUCGUUUGUCAAGGCGCUAUUAGAGAUGGAUGUUCUAGAAGCAGAGCUGAAGGUCAGAAUUAGAGCGCAAUAUUUGAACUUUGAGCUGAACCGCGGAGAUUGUGAGACGAAUACUCGAUGUCUAGAUUUAGGACCUAAAUAGCACGCCUAAAGCUAAAAAAAUAUCACUAGAACAUGUGCG